CUGACUUAUAUAAAUGCUACAGACAUAAAGGAAGAAGAAGAGACAGAUGUGAGCGGUGAUGAGCAGUAUAUGGAGGACAAGGACAGUCCUAUAGGAAAAGAUCUGAUCUAUAUGAAUGCUUCAGACAUAAAGGAAGAAAAAGAGACAGAUGUGAGCAGUGAUGAGCAGUAUAAGGAGAACAUUCCUACAGGGAAAGAUCUGAUGUAUAUUAAUGCUACAGACAUAAAGAAAGAAAAAGAGAUGGAUGUGAGCAGUGAUGAGCAGUAUAAGGAGGACAUUCCUGCAGGUAACCGCCCAGAUUUUUGUACCAGGAGAUCAGAGGAGAAUCUUAUAUCUUCAGAUUAUAAAGCAGAUGAUGAUAUCACACAAGAUACAUAUGAAGAACAUUCCAUUAUCCCAGAUACACCCUCAGCCCUUCACAGCCAAGAUCUGUCAUCUCCUCCUUAUAUACAGGUCCUGUCUUCUCAGUCAUCACAGGAUGUUCAGCUAAAUAAAGGUCACAAAAGGAAUGAUGGAGAUCAACAAGCUCAUACAGGAAAUAAACCAUAUUCAUGCUCAGAAUGUGGGAAAUGUGUUACUUCUAAAUCAAGUCUUGUUAAACAUCAGAGAAUACACACAGGGGAGAAGCCAUUUGCAUGUUCACAGUGUGGAAAAUGUUUCACGCAGAAAUCAUAUCUUGUUGAACAUCAAAGAACUCACACAGGGGAGAAGCCAUUUUCAUGUCCAGAAUGUGGGAAAUGUUUUACUAAUCAAUCAAGUCUUCUUCAACAUCAAAGAACUCACACUGGAGAGAAGCCAUUUUCAUGUCCAGAAUGUGGGAAAUGUGUUACUAAUCAAUCACAUCUUAUUCAACAUCAAAGAACUCACACUGGAGAGAAGCCAUUUUCAUGUCCAGAAUGUGGGAAAUGUUUUACUAAUCAAUCAAGUCGUCUUCAACAUCAAAGAACUCACACUGGAGAGAAGCCAUUUUCAUGUCCAGAAUGUGGGAAAUGUUUUAUUGAUCAAUCAAGUCUUAUUCUACAUCAAAGAACUCACACUGGAGAGAAGCCAUUUUCAUGUGCAGAAUGUGGGAAAUGUUUUACUCAAAAAUCAGGUCUUAUUCAACAUCAAAGAACUCACACAGGGGAGAAGCCAUUUUCAUGUGCAUAAUGUGGGAAAUGUUAUACUGUGAAAUCAAAGCUUGUUAAACAUCAAAGAACUCACACAGAGGAGAAGCCAUUUUCA